AUAUGUCCUCUCAAAUGCUGGCGUAACCACUCUUGGUGACAUUUAUUUUGAAAUGUUUAGGACAGGAAAGAGCUAGGCGGAAGUGAGUGUUUCUUUUAGCAUAGCGCCAAUUUUCCUCAUCCCGGAUCUUAAAGUUUGCCGACAUUGUUGUCGCGUUAGCAACACCGGACAUGGCGCAUGGUGGGGAUGUUAUGGGCGGUGACCUGGAAGAUGGAGAGAUCUCCGGCUCUGGAUCCGAUUCUGAAAUGAGAACGGCCACGGUACCACCAUCUCGAUCCUCGCUACCUCCGGCUUUUAGCGGCCAGUCCUUCCAGAACAGAGGUGCUACUUUUCAGUCCACAGUUGCAUACAGAAACACCGGUGGGGAGUCCAGUGACAGCGACGUGGACUCGUCUGAUGAGGAAUGUGGGGGUUGGAGGGGGAAACGUCAAAAAGUGUCGAACACAAGCGUCGCCCAACCGGUACCGAACCGCAUACCUGUCGCAUGCGCACUGGGGAGCCGUAAGGUAAACAACAUUUGGGGCUCCGUAGUGCAGGAGCAGUGCCAGGAUGCCGUCGCCGCAGAACUGGGCGUCUUCGGGAUGGACGGUGAGGUUAGUAUGUCUGACAGGAAUGUGGAGACCUACAAUUACGUCCUGGCUCAGAAGAUCAUGGAGAAGGAGCGUCAGAAAGAGCAAAAAGAUGUAAGCGAAGUGCUGGAUGCACAGUUGGAGGAGUACAUGAGCGGGAAUGGACGGGAUGCAAAGAGGAAGAGGCCGGCGAAAGAGAGACUGGGUCCGAGAGCCGAGAUGGACGUGAAAGGCCGAUAUGACAUCACCGAAGACGACCCAGAAGGUAAAAUAGUGGAUGAGAUUGUGCAUAGAUUACAAGAACCUAAAAAAGACCUGAUAGAACGCAUUGUGAGAAUCAUCGGGAGCAAAAAAGCCAUCGAGCUGCUCUGUGAGACUGCAACGCUGGAAGAAAGCGGCGGCGUCUACACCCUGGAUGGCAGCAGGCGACGCACACCCGGUGGCGUGUACUUAAACCUGUUGAAGAACACACCAAGCAUCACCCGGGCCCAGAUCAGAGAGAUCUUCUUCGAGGAGAGCCAGAAAGAGCAAAAGAGCAAGAAGUCUGCCCAGAAGAGGAGGAGGCACUUGGUGGCCAAGAAGAUGAAGCAGGCCAUCGGAAUGCUGGACCUGCAGGAGCACGAUGACGUCUCCAGGGAGACGUUCGCCAGCGACACCAACGAGGCCUUGGAGGCGCUUGAAGAAGCCGCAAAGGAGGAAGACGAGGAGAUCCAGGAGGACGAGGCUGUGGGCGGUGAGGAGACACCGGUGGUGUACAACUCUGUCGACUUGGAGGUCUUUUGAAAAUUUACGUGUUUGGACUUCACAGCGGGGGUGUACAAACCUUUUUCCACUGAGGGCUGCGCGCAAAAAAAAAACAUUACAUGACAUACAUUUUAAAAGAUGCUAAACCCAAUCCAAUAGAAGUCAAUAUAUGCUAACAUGUCAUUAAUAAUGACUUUAUUAUGAUUUAAUAUGCUGAUAGCCAAUUAAAAACAAGCUGCAGGCUGCACUUAGGACACCCUCGCUUUAGCGCACGACACACGGUGGAUUUGUUUGUCUUUAAACGACAGAAUCAUCAUUUUGUUCAUUAACAGCAUUGAUUUUUAGCACACAGAAAUGACUUCCUGUAUGCGUUUGUUAGGUUCAUUUUUGUCUGAAAUAUAAUAAAGCAAAGUUGAGUCACUUUAUUGCCAGUAAAUUAGCUUAUUUUGACAAAAAAAAACUCUUUUAGAUUAGAGUUUAAUUCAUACUUUCAUGAGGAAAAAACAAAAGAUUUCAACUGUAGAAAUGGGAAGUUAUUGCAAUGUGGACGUUUGUCCACGAGAUGGCGCCAACACUCUGCCACAUAAAUGGAGAAGAAAAUACAUGAAUUAAUUCAGGAUAAUAGAUAUUUGACAUUGUGGUUUUCAUGAAUAAUAAUGGGUUACAUUUGUAUAUUUUCAAGGCACCCAAAGUGUGUUUUUAAAACAGUUUUUAAACCUUUUAAAAUGUAAAGUGUUGCCGGCCACAUGACUUGUAGUGUUAUUGUGGCAAUAGUCAGAUUUAAUAUGUAGCUUGUAUAUAAAAAGCCAUUCAAACAACACAACCCGUCAACACACACAGUAACCUACCUACUGCACCAUGUGGGUAUACAAAGAAAUA